AUGGGCGUGUACGCCCGCUCCGGCCGCUUCGACGACGUCCGGCAGCUGCUUGACGCAAUGCGCGGCCAGGGUAUCGAGCCAGACCUUGUCAGCUUCAACACUCUGAUCAACGCCAGCGCCAAGUCCGGGUGCUUAGCCCCUGGCGCCGCCUUUGAUCUCCUGCACGAAGUCCGGCAAGCUGGGCUCAGGCCGGACGUUAUCACUUACAACACCCUGAUCAGUGCUUGCUCGCAAGGUUCCAUUUUAGACGAUGCAGUGGCAGUGUUCAAAGAGAUGAUUGAUUCAGAGUGUCGGCCAGACUUGUGGACGUACAAUGCCAUGGUGUCAGUUCAUGGCCGGUGUGGGACGGCACGGGAGGCUGAGCAGAUGUUCAUGGAGCUGCUAGACAAGGGUUUCAAGCCGGAUGCAGUUACCUAUAAUUCUCUCCUUCAUGCUUUUGCGAAGGAAGGAGACGUCGACGCGGUGGAGCGUGUGUGUGAGGAGUUGGUUAAGGCUGGGUUCAGGAAGGAUGGAAUUACUUAUAAUACCAUGAUUCAUAUGUAUGGGAAAAUGGGCAGGCUUGACCUGGCACUUGGUCUGUAUGAUGAGAUGAGAGCCAUAGGUUGCACUCCAGAUGCUGUGACUUACACUGUCUUGAUUGAUUCUCUGGGGAAGGUGGAUAGGAUUUCUGAUGCAGGGAAGGUGCUGGAGGAAAUGGUAGAUGCAGGGUUAAAGCCAACCCUGGUAACCUUCAGUGCUUUGAUAUGUGCAUAUGCCAAAGGUGGGAGGCGGGACGAGGCGGAGCAGACAUUUGAUCGCAUGGUUGCAUCAGGUGUCAAACCCGAUCGUUUAGCCUAUUUGGUUAUGCUGGACAUUAUCGCAAGGUCUGGUGAGACAAAAAAGCUGAUGCUCCUGUAUCAGACAAUGAUGAAGGAUGGUUAUAUGCCAGAUGACACCUUGUAUCAGGUUAUGCUUGUUGCACUUGCAAAAGGAAAUAAACACGAGGAGAUUGAAGGAGUUGUCCAAGACAUGGAGGUUGUUUGUCAAAUGGAUAGGCAACUGGUAUACAGUGUACUCAUCAAGGCGGGUUGCAUUUCUCAGGGUGCUAAGCUGUUAAAGAAGGCAUGCCUACAAGGACAUGAGCCUGACAGUAAGAGUUUACUAUCCAUUUUGGAUGAUUAUGAAACAAUGGGAAAGCAUGAAGAAGGCCUCUCCUUGCUUCAAUGCAUCCGGGAGAAUGUCCCCAGCUCCCAUAACUUGAUAUCUGAAUGUUCCAUCAUGCUUAUGUGCAAAAACCAGAAGAUUGCUGCUGCCCUUCAAGAGUACAGCAGUAUGCAGACAUUAAAAUGUGGAUCUUUUGGUCAAGAUCGUAACUUGUAUGAGUGCUUGAUUACAUGCCUUGAAGAGGCUGAAUUCUUGCCAGAAGCUUCUCAGGUGUUCUGCGACAUGCAGUUUAUUGGCAUAGAGCCUUCCCAGAAGAUAUAUGAGAGUAUGAUCUCUACAUAUUGUAAAUUGGGCUUCCCAGAAACAGCUCGCCAAUUGAUGGAUGAAGCUGUACAGUCUGGUGUUUGGCUAAAUACUCUUUCAUCUAGAGUAACCAUAAUCAAAGCAUAUGGGAAGACAAAACUGUGGCAGCAUGCGGAAAAUUUCGUGAAAGGACUGAAUCAAGAGGCAGGUGUUGACAGGCGAAUUUGGAAUGCGUUGAUACAUGCCUAUGCCGAGAGUGGCCUUUAUGAGCAAGCAAGGGCAGUCUUUGACGUUAUGAUUAAAAAGGGCCCUCUACCAACUGUUGAUUCAAUUAAUGGAAUGAUGAGAGCAUUGAUUACUGAUGGCAGGCUAGAUGAGUUGUUUGUGGUUGUUCAGGAGCUUCAAGAUAUGGGUUUCAAGAUCAGCAAAAGCACAGUAAUCCUUAUGCUUGAAGCUUUUGCAAAAGCUGGGGAUGUUUUCGAGGUAAUGAAAAUAUAUAAUGGAAUGAAGGAAGCAGGAUACCUGCCAAACAUGCACAUCUACAGAAGUAUGAUUUCCUUGCUCUGCCGUAAUAAACGAUUCAGGGAUGUUGAAUUGAUGGUUGCGGAGAUGGAGGCAGCAGGAUUCAAGCCAGAUCUAGUCAUACUUAAUACCCUUCUUUUGAUGUAUACUGGGAACAGAGACUUUGAUAAGACAGUAAAAGUAUACCAUAGUAUUUUGGAAGCUGGCCUAGAGCCUGAUGAAGAUACGUAUAAUACACUGAUAGUCAUGUACAGUAGAAACUUGAGGCCUGAAGAAGGUUUUACUCUCUUGAAUGAGAUGGGUAAACGAGGUUUGACACCCAGGUUAGAAUCCUAUAAAAGCUUGCUUGUAGCAUCUGGAAAAGCAAAACUAUGGGAGCAAGGUGAACAGCUUUUUGAGGAAAUAAGGUCAAAGGGUUAUCGAUUAAAUCGAUCUUUAUAUCACGUAAUGAUGAAGAUGUACAGAGAUGCCUGCAACCAUUCCAAAGCCGAGCAACUACUAGCAGCAAUGAAAGAAGACGGCAUCGAACCGACAAUUGCCACUAUGCACAUCCUCAUGACUUCUUAUGGAACUGCGGGGCACCCAGUUGAAGCUGAGAAAGUGCUGAACAGCUUGAAAUCUUCCAGUUUGGAAGUCAGCAGUUUACCAUACAGCACUGUUUUUGACGCUUACUUGAAAAAUGGUGACUACAAUCUUGCAAUCACAAAGUUGUUGGAAAUGAAAAGAGAUGGUAUAAAACCAGAUCAUCAAGUUUGGACAUGUUUCAUCAGAGCCGCUAGUUUGUGUGAGCGGACUGAUGAUGCCGUUCUUCUCCUAAACUCGUUACAGGAUUGUGGAUUUGACCUUCCUAUUAGGCUGUUAACUGAGGUUGACAGUUUUCUACAAGAACUUGAGACACUAGAAGAUUCUGCUGCUCUGAAUUUUGUAAAUGCACUAGAAGACCUGUUGUGGGCAUUUGAGCGUCGAGCAACUGCUACAUACAUUUUCCAGUUGGCAGUAAAUAGAAGCAUAUACCGUCACAGUAUCUUUCGGGUGAUAGAAAAAGACUGGGGAGCUGACUUCCGGAAGUUGUCUGCUGGGGCUGCACUUGUCGCUCUAACAUUAUGGCUUGAUCAAAUGCAAGAUGCUUCACUGCAGGGUUCACCAGAAUCCCCCAAAUCUAUUGUACUGGUCACAGGGGAGGGGGAAUAUAACAUGGUAUCCUUGCGUAAGACGAUCAGAGCGUACCUUUUGGAAAUGGGCUCCCCUUUCUUGCCAUGUAGAGCUCGAACAGGUCGCUUUGUGGCGAAGUUUUACUCUCUUAAGAUGUGGCUGAAAGAUUCUCCUUUCUGCAUGGAUCUUGAGUUGAAAGACGCUCCAGCUCUUCCUAAAAUGAACUCAAUGAAGCUCACUGAAGGGUACUUCAUGAGAGCUGGUCUUGUAUCAACAUUCAAAGAUAUACACGAGCAACUUGGGGAAGUACGGCCAAAGAAAUUCUCCAGAUUAGCUAUGUUGUCAGAAGAAAGCAGGGCCAAAUUUAUUAAAGCUGAUAUAAAAGGAAGGAAACACAAACUGGAGAGAAUGAAAGAAAAGGGGCUUGUCAUACCAAGAAAAUCUAAAAAAGGACCACGGAGAGCAAAAUUUGUUAGAGAACAAAGCACGCAGGAGGUUUUGAAGUAG